AUGGCGCAUUUGAGUUUGAGCUCGUCUCUGAUUUUUCGGAUUUACGCUCUUCUGUUGCUGAUCAAUGUCUCCCUCGCCAAAACGCUCCAACGAGACGUGAAAGCGUUGAAUGAGGUAAAGGGUAAGGUGGGAUGGAGAGUGAUGUUCACUUGGGUAGGAGAUGAUCCUUGCGGCGAUGGAUUUUUGCCUCCGUGGUCCGGUGUCACUUGCUCCACCGUCGGCAAUUACCGUGUCGUCGUUAAGCUAGAAGUGUAUGCAAUGUCGAUAGCGGGGACUUUCCCAACGGCUGUAACGAGGCUCUUAGAUCUCACCGUUCUGGAUCUGCACAACAACAAAUUGACAGGACCUAUUCCUCCACAAAUUGGGCGGCUUAAGCACCUUAAGUCACUCAAUUUGAGGUGGAACAAACUUCAACAUGUCCUGCCUCCUGAAAUUGGUGGACUGAAGAGUUUAACUUCUCUGUACCUGAGCUUUAACAAUUUCAAAGGAGAAAUCCCCAGAGAACUUGCAAAUCUCAAGGAGCUCGAAUACUUACAUCUUCAAGAUAAUCAUUUCACUGGGCGUAUUCCAGCAGAGCUAGGAAAAUUACAAAAGCUUCGUCACCUGGAUGCUGGCAGCAAUCACUUAGUGGGGAAUAUAAGAGAUCUUAUAAGCAUAGAAGGAUGCUUCCCAGCUCUUAGAAACCUGUUUCUAAACAAUAAUUACUUCACUGGAGGAAUCCCAAACAAGCUAGCAAAUCUAACAAACCUGGAGAUCUUGUACUUAUCUUACAACAAUAUGACUGAAACAAUACCUUCUGCACUUGCUAAUUUACCACGACUAAUUUACUUGCACUUGGACCACAAUCUAUUCAGUGGAGGAAUCCCUGAUCCUUUCUACAAGCACCCGAACCUAAAGAAUAUGUACGUAGAAGGGAACGCGUUUAAAACAGACGUGAAGGCCAUUGGGGUACAUAAGGUCCUCCAACUUUCUGACACAGACUUUCUUGUUUAG